AUGAACAUUGGGAGCUGGAGGCAGACACCGGGAUUGCACUGCCCGCAGAGACCUGCCCAGUUCUUCCUGGGAGUUUGCAGAGCGCUGUCUGGCGGCGCUGGGGGCGCCUCGGCCGGGGCGUGCGGGCAGGAUGGUCCCCGUCGCGAGGCAGGGAGGCCCACAGGCGGGCCAACCUGCGCACCCACCUCCCAGGUGUGUGCCCGGGUGGCCCGUGGGCCCUGCGUGCUCUGGGCUGCGACGUGGGGGCUCCUGCUGCUCGCAGUCCCCAAGGAGGCGCAACGCGGCCGGAAGAAAGUCGUGCACGUGCUGGAGGGCGAGUCAGGCUCAGUGGUGGUGCAGACCGCACCCGGGCAGGUGGUCAGCCACCUGCAGGGUGACGGGCCUGGGGAUGCCUCGCUUGUCCUCCGCAACGUUACGCUGCAGGACUACGGACGCUAUGAGUGCGAGGUCACCAAUGAGCUGGAGGAUGACACCGGCAUGGUCAAGCUGGACCUGGAAGGCGUGGUCUUCCCCUACCACCCCCGUGGGGGCCGCUACAAAUUGACCUUCGUUGAGGCUCAGCGUGCGUGCGCCGAGCAGGAUGGCAUUCUGGCCUCGGCGGAGCAGCUGCACGCAGCCUGGCGCGAAGGCCUGGACUGGUGCAAUGCGGGCUGGCUCCGCGACGGUUCCGUGCAGUACCCGGUGAGCCAGCCCCGGGAGCCCUGCGGUGGGGCCACGAGUCCCGGAGCCAGUGGCAGCAUCUCCGGUGGCGUGCGCAACUACGGCUACCGCCAUAACGCCGAGGAGCGAUAUGAUGCCUUCUGUUUCACCUCCAAUCUCCCGGGGCGCGUGUUCUUCCUGAAGCCCUUGCGGCCCGUGCCCUUCAAGGAGGCGGCGCGGGCGUGUGCGGCUCGAGGCGCGGCCGUUGCCAAGGUGGGGCAGCUGUUCGCCGCCUGGAAGAUGCAGUUGCUGGACCGCUGCACGGCCGGCUGGCUGGCCGACGGGAGCGCGCGCUACCCUAUCGUGAACCCGCGUGCGCGCUGCGGGGGCCGCCGGCCUGGCGUGCGCAGCAUGGGCUUCCCAGAUGCAGCGCGCCGCCUCUUCGGCGUCUACUGUUACCGCGCGCCUGGCGCGCCAGACCCUGCGCCUGGCGGCUGGGGCUGGGGCUGGGCGGGCGGCGGCGGCUGGGCCGGAGGAGCUCGAGACCCUGCUGCCUGGACCCCGCUGCGCGUCUAGGUCCGGCAGGCGGGGCAACUGGGGCGCCUGGAGGCUGGCCAGCGUCUUGGAUCUCCAGGAAGCUACCCAUGCCACCUGCAGUUCUUGGAGACUCACUCUGCCCCCUGAAAGUCCCUGGUGACCGAAUAUGCCUCCUGAGGUCCCCUGGAGACUGACUGUACCCCUUGAAGUCCCCUAAACACUUGAUACCCCCCCCCCACAUCCCUAUUCCCGACUUUCUCCAGGAGAGAUGGGCCACGCCCCCCGAGGAAUCCUGGAGAGGAACAGGAGAGACCACUUCUCCUGAAGGCUGGCUCGGCCUCCUGAGAUCACCUGCAAACAGGCCGGCCCCACAGUCACCUGGAGGCUGGACCCCGGGACCAUCUGGGCACUGAACAAGGCAUUGCUCCCAUCUGGAGAGAAAAUGGAAACCUGAGGGUACCCAGGUAGCCACGCCCUCUGCCCGCCAGUGAGCUGGAUUGGGUCUCAUCUCCUCCAAGCUCCUGAAGACUCAGGAGGAACAGGCUGUGUCUCCAGGUUACCUCACCCGUUCCCAGGAGACUGCCCUGAUGAAGACAGAUUGUAAUGUCGGUCCCCAGCUGGCACUUGGGACCGCCAGCCACCCCUUUUCUUAGGUGUCUCCCUUGAGGGGGAACAAAUCUGCCCCACCUGGAAGCUGGCACCCCCUUUCCGGGCUGUCACCAAAGAGAUCACCUCCACCCUUGGGGCCACAGGACUCAUUAGGCCUGUUACUGUUGCUAUGGGGACCAGCCACCCCACUUCCCACUGUCACCAAGGAGACUAGCACAGCCUCUACCUGUCACCUUGAGAGACACUCCCCCCAUUGCUGCAUGGCUCACACCCAUGGAGAUAGUACCUCCUCCCCACUGUAACCAUGGAUACCACACCUAUCCCACCUCCCCCUUCCCUCCCUCUAGACCCAUAGCUGUACUUCCAGCUAUCCUUAACAGGCUCGGUGGCCUUACUCCCCUAGCUGCCCCCAGUGUGACCCAGAAUGUUGAUCCCUCAUUAUAACCAUGGAAACAGGGUGCCCUUCCCCCAAACUCAACUCCAGCACCUCACACCCCCCCCAAGUUCCUCCCCAGGUGACUUGGACCCACUCACUGUUGCCAUGACACCAAACUCUGAUGUGUGAGGUAACAAAGACCUGUUCCCCUAGGCUUUCCUGGGAGACAGGGCCCUGUCCCACCAAACUGGAAUCCUGAAGGCUGUCAACAUGUUCCUCAGGACAGUCGCCUGACUGCUCAGGAACUUCUCCACGGAGGGGCUAAGUGCCAGGGGUAUUUCCCACCUGCAGACUGACCCUCAAUCUAGGUAUCCCUCAGGUGUGCCCCAUCCCAGGCAGCUUCUGCAGACAGCACUGGGCCCAGGGGUUACUGGCCACCUUCUUUCUGCACGUUAACUACCUGCCAGACAGCAGCUGUGCAUGAGACACCCACCACUCUGUUCCUCACAACACCUGCCAGACGGGCAUCGCCAUGGUACAGCUGAAGCUAAACAGGCGAGUCCAGCUCCCCCCGCCCCCACUGAGUUAUGCAAGAAGAGCCCCUGUUCCCUCCCACUGAACUGAACUCCAUAUUCCUCUUUAGACUCCACAGGGGGGAUGGGAUCUCCCUGAACCUGAACUUCUGCUCCAGUUCCAGGAUCUAAAGGGUGAUCUGGACAAUGUGAGCAGGCCCCAGCUGCACUCUCCAUUCUGAGAACCACCUUUGGGGGAGACUUCCAGGGAGACCACCCAGCCCGAGGGGGACCCAGUUCUCUGGUCUCUCCAGGAGUCAUACUGGGAUCCUUCUGGGAAGCCAUCCUUUGUGUCACACCCAUCUCUGGGAAACCACCUGGCUUUGGGAACCAGGUGGACUUGGGUUCAAUUCCUCCUCUUGCUCACCGUGUGACCACGUGACAACGCCUCUCUGCGCCUCAUCUCUUCUGCACUGUGGCUCCAGUUUGAGGUCUUGUGAGCGCAAGGCAUACGGUGUGGGCUCAAUAAACCUUGGUUUCUUUGAUGAAUGAGAAAAGGGAGCCACCCUUUUAAUAAAUGCACGUUGGUGGACCAGA